UGGCUCAUUGUUUGGCUCACUCGAUUUCCAUUUGUUGUUUUUUUUUUCGCUUUACGAUUUAUUUUCCAAUCCCAAAAAAAUAACCAUCAUUGAAUCUAAUUAAUCUAUUCUUCAAAGUUUUUGGAACUUGAAAAAGACUUUCACUUUAUUAUAAUCAACAACAAAUAUAUACGGAUAAAGGGGGAAUUGUUUCGAUCGGGAAAACGAAGAGUUUCUGUUUCUUUUUUCGGUUUAUUUACGAGGAAGGGAGAACAUAAAACAAAAAAAAAAGACAAAAAAUGUCGAUUAUAAUACGAUUACAGAAUCUACCAUUGGAAGCAAAUUCAUUGGAUAUACGAAGAUUUUUUCAAGGUUUACAAAUACCGGAUGGUGGUGUACAUAUUGUUGGUGGUGAAAAUGGUGAUGCAUUUAUUGCAUUUGCAAAUGAUGAAGAUGCUAGACAAGCAAUGGAACGUAAUGGAAAUUUAAUAAAAGGUUCAAGAAUAAAAUUAUUAUUAAGUUCAAGAAAUGAAAUGCAACGUGUUAUUGAUGCUGCACGUAAUCAAACAAUAUCGAUAUUACCAUCAUCAACAAAAACGACAAUAAAUCCAAAUGCUGCUGCUGCUGCUGCUUCUGUUGUUCCAACAAAUAUACCGGUACAACAAUCUUCACCACAAAAAUUACCACCACCAUCAUCAUCAUCAUCAAUACAGCCACAACAAUAUCCAACACAUCCGAUUGGUAAUUAUCCCACUACACAAUAUCCGCCAACAGUACAAAUUCAACCAUCAUUAGCAUCAUCAACAAAUCCAGUUGCUACAAGUGGAUAUUAUCCUGGUAGUGUUGGUCCAUCACAAACAGUUAGAUAUCCGCCACCACCACCUCAAUCAUCAUCACAAACGCAGCCACAAUCGCAACCAACACCAAAUGAUUAUCAACGUAGUGGUCCUAACGUUGCUUAUGGUCAUCGACAAAAUGAUCGUCAAGAAUUACAAUAUCGUGGACGUAGCCGUAGCCGUAGCCGUAGUCCACCAACAAAUCGUACUGGUUCGGAUAUUCAUCCAUCAAUGAAUCAACGUUAUUCAGAUAUGAAUAAAAAUACAAUGCAAACUGGAUUGAUACGAUCAUUACAACCAUCAGUGUCAUCAUCAACAUCACAGAUAUCACCAUCAUCAUCAACACAAAUACAUUCAUCGAAUUUUGUUCCACAAACAAGUGGAAAUAAUAUGGAUAUACGUUAUACAAAUUAUCCACAGCCAUCACAACAACAACAGCAAGAAUCAAGAGAAUAUCAAUCACAACAAUCAUUUGGUGGAUCACAAUAUCGACCGAUGCCAGGUGCAUCAAAUGUUAAUAACAAUACAAUGAUGGAUGGUAGUUUAGGUGGUGGUAAUAUUGGUGGUGAUCGAGGAAUUGUAGGAGGAACAGGAAUAGGACAACAAGGAAUAACAAUACAAGGAGGAGGAGUUGUAGGUGGAGGAUGGAAUAAUAAUAAUAAUAAUAAUGAUAAUAAUAAUUAUCGUCAAACAUCUGUCAUAUCGAAUGAUUUUAAUAACCGAAAAAUGGAUUCGAUUCAUCAACUACCGCAACAACAACAACCACAACCUUUAUCAUCUGCAUAUGGUCAGCCAUCAACAAUGCCGAUGAUGCCACACCAAUCUCAGCAGCAGCAACAACAACAAUUGAUUCGGCCACCAUUAUCACAGCAACAACAACAACAACCACCACCACAACAAAUGUUUACAUUACAAUUGAAUGAUCUACCAUUCAAUGUAAAAUCAUUAGAUUUGAUAAAAUUUUUUCAACCAUUAUAUCUUGAUGAAGAUAAUAUCAAAAUAUUUUAUGAUUCAAAAGGAUUUCCAACUGGUAUUGCAUUGGUACGUUUUGGUUCACCAAAAGAAUGGGAACAAGCAUUAACAUUUAAUAAUCGUUAUAUGGGUGAUCGACGUAUACAAGUACAACCAUUAGAUGAUUUAGGUAAUAAUAAUAAUAAUAAUAAUAGUAAUAUUGGUCAAAAUUCAUCAACAAUCAUCAAUAAUAAUAAUAAUGGUCCAUUGCUUCAACAACCACCACCACCACCAUUAAUAGCAAAUCCUCCGCCAUCAAAUACAUCAGCAUCAACGACAAUUGGACAACAACGUAAAAAUACAUUACCUCCACCACAAUCAGAUCCAUAUCGAUCAUCAUUAGAUAAUUAUCCAACAUAUAGAAAUUCACCGGAAGAAAUUGGCUCAUUUGGUCGUGGUCCACCACCACCCAUAUCAUCAUCAUCAUCAUUACAACAAUCUUCAUCACAAUUUAAUGGUGGUAUGGGUCCACCACCACCAUCAUCAUCGUCAUCACAAUCAUCAUCAUCAUCAUCUCAUCAUCAUAAUAGUUCAAAUCAUCAUCAUCAUCAUCAUCAUCGUGGUAAAUAUCAACCACGUUGUAAGGAUAAUGCUUUAUUUAUGAAAGGAUUACCAUUCGCAAAUUGUACAACAAAAGAUGUUGCACAUUUCUUUGAUCCGAUCAAAUUAUUUCAUAUUGAAAUUGAAUUUGAUAGCCGUAAUAAACCAACUGGUAAUGCUUAUGUUGAAUUUCAUGAUCGUCAAGAUGUUGAUCUUGCAAUGAAUUAUAAUAUGAGAAAUAUGGGACAUCGAUAUAUUGAAUUAAUACCAUGGAUAUUAUAUGAAAAAUUUGGACCAACUUAUCAUCUGCCAAGUGCACCACCACCGCCAAAAUUUAUGCGUGGUAAUAAUAGUGGUGGUAGUCGAGGAGGUGGACCACCACCACCACCACCGCCGUCAUAUGGCGGAAGUGGUGGUGGCAAUCAUCAUCAUCAUCAAGGUCCAUUUACACAUUGUGUAUUGGUUCGUGGUCUUGGAAAACAUGUUAGCACACCGGAUUUGAAACAAUUUUUUGCUAAAUCUAAUAUCGAUACUUAUGCUGUACAUAUAAUGUUAACAACAGAUAAAAUGAAUGCUGGUGAAGCAUUUGUUGAAUUUUUAACUAAAGAAGAUCAAAAUCGUGCAUUAGAUAUGAGUGGUGCACGUUUAGCUGGUGAACGUGUUAAUAUUCGUCCGGUAGCAUAUGAAGUUGUUCGAGCAAGUGUUCCACCACCAAGAGGACCACCAUCAGCAUCAGGAAUGCCAUCAUUACCACCAAAUAAAUCACAUGGAGGAAAAUAUCGUCGUGGUGGACCAGCAGGUCCAAGAGGAGGAAAUAAUAAUAAUAAUGGUCAAUCGGCACCGAUUUUCGAUAAAUCAUCAAUAUUAAUAAUGAAAAAUAUUUCAUUUAAAACAAAUAUAGAUGAUUUAUGUAGAUUUUUUGAUGAUUAUCAUAUAACACCGAAUCGAAUAAAAAUUCGUCCAUCAACAUCAAAUGAUUCAUCAUCAUCAUCAUCAUUGAAUGAUCCUAACAAUUUGGAUGGACAAGAAGCACAAAUUCAAUUUCAUUCACGUUUAGAUGCUGAACAUGCUGUUCGUACAUUGGAUAAACAAUAUUUCCAUGAUCGUAAAAUUUAUCUAACAUUUUUAUAAAAGAGAGAGAAAGAAUAGAAAUGAAACAAAUUAAUUUUCUUUUUUUCCU